CUUUGAAAAUAAGUUGUGACUUGAGGCACGAAGAUAAAAAAUGUGGCUUUCGAAGCUUAAAACCUCUCGUUUAAUACACCCUUCCAAGGUUUUAGGCUUGGGGAGUACGGCAAUCCGUGCGACAUGUAGUARAAAUUUUCAUUUCAAGAUCGAAGGAAGAAAGGGAGAAAACAAGACAUCCAAAAGCGAUAUUGCUCGAGAAUACCCAGUGGUAGAUCACUCCUAUGAUGCUAUUGUUAUUGGUGCYGGYGGWGCUGGAUUGCGAGCUGCAUUUGGYUUGGCMCAAGAAGGAUUUAAGACAGCRUGUAUUACAAAACURUUCCCUACCAGAUCACAUACUGUAGCUGCUCAAGGGGGAAUCAAUGCAGCACUUGGUAAUAUGGAACCUGAUGAUUGGAGAUGGCACAUGUAUGACACGGUUAAAGGUAGUGACUGGCUUGGCGACCAGGAUGCAAUCCAUUACAUGACAGAAGAAGCCCCAAAAGCAGUGAUAGAGCUCGAAAAUUAUGGUAUGCCAUUCAGUCGAACGGAAAAGGGAGAAAUCUACCAGAGAGCAUUUGGUGGUCAAAGUUACGACUAUGGUAAGGGUGGCCAGGCACAUCGAUGCUGUGCUGUAGCUGACAGAACUGGCCACUCUCUACUUCAUACCUUAUAUGGRCAGUCAUUGCGAUAUGAUUGUGAAUAUUUUAUCGAGUACUUUGCCUUGGAUUUGUUGAUGGACAAUGGCAAAUGUGUUGGUUGUAUAGCACUAUGUGCUGAGGAUGGCUCACUUCACAGAUUCAAAGCAAACAACACUGUCAUGGCCACAGGGGGAUAUGGACGUGCAUAUUUCUCAUGCACCUCUGCACAUACCUGCACAGGCGAUGGUACUGCCAUGGUUACACGGGCUGGGCUGCCUAACCAGGACUUGGAGUUUGUACAGUUUCAUCCGACUGGUAUCUAUGGAGCAGGAUGUUUAAUCACUGAAGGUUCAAGAGGCGAAGGAGGAUAUUUGAUCAACAGUGAGGGUGAACGUUUCAUGGAAAGAUAUGCACCAACAGCUAAAGAUCUUGCAUCAAGAGAUGUUGUCUCCAGAGCUGAAACAAUUGAAAUAAGAGAAGGAAGGGGAGUUGGCCCAAAUAAAGACCAUAUUUACCUUCAAUUGUCACACUUACCACCAGAGACACUCAAAACUCGCUUACCAGGAAUCUCAGAAACCGCCAUGAUAUUUGCUGGUGUUGAYGUGACAAGAGAUCCAAUCCCAGUCCUUCCCACAGUGCACUACAACAUGGGUGGAAUCCCAACUAACUUCAAGGGUCAGGUCGUCACACAUAAGGACGGUCAGGAUGUAGUUAUUGAUGGUCUGUGGGCUGCGGGUGAAGCAGCCUGUGCAUCUGUCCAUGGUGCAAACCGUUUAGGUGCCAAUUCCCUACUAGAUCUUGUUGUAUUUGGCCGUGCUUGUGCWAGAUUUAUUGCAGAGGAGAGCAAACCUGGUGAAGUCUUGCCUGAACUUAAACAGACUGCAGGAGAAGAAUCAGUUGCAAACCUUGACAAAGUCCGCCAUGCAAAUGGUAACACUCCCACAGCAGAGUUGAGACUCAAAAUGCAGAAGAUUAUGCAAGAAAAUGCUGCAGUAUUCAGAACAGGACCUGUGCUUGAUGAAGGAUGCAAACUUAUUGAUGAUGUAUACCAACAGCUUAGUGACUUGAAGUUAUAUGACCGUGGCAUGGUAUGGAACACUGACCUUAUUGAGGCACUAGAACUACAAAAUUUACUACUGAACUCAAUCCAGACCAUACAGAGUGCUGCAGCAAGGAACGAGAGCAGAGGUGCACACUCAAGGGAAGAUUACAAGGAUCGUUURGAUGAGUAYGACUAUUCAAAGCCUCUUGAAGGACAAACAAAGAAACCUUACGAUCAACAUUGGAGAAAACACACGCUGUCCUGGGUAGACUCGUCAUCCGGCAAUGCUAAAUGUGAACACAUAUUUCCUAACGGAUAAUUAAAUUUUCUUUACGUUCAGAACUACAGUCAAUCCCAUUAACGCUGUUCACUUGUAAAGACAACAUAUUUUUAAUUUCCUUGCAAGAAUAUUAACCAUAAAGGUGUAGCAGUACAUUACAAAGCCAAUAAUAAURAUUAUCGUUUAGWAAUAAAAUUCUUCCUGGAAAUUCUAAAAUUUGUUUUGUGCAAAUGACUUUGUUGUUCUCUUACAUCAUGACAACUGAACAACUUUAAUUGUAAUUAACGCUGUUCACUUGUAAAGACAACAUAUUUUUAAUUUCCUUGCAAGAAUAUUAACCAGAAAGGUGUAGCAGUACAUUACAAAGCCAAUAAUAAUGAUUAUCGUUUAGUAAUAAAAUUCUUCCUGGAAAUUCUAAAAUUUGUUUUGUGCAAAUGACUUUGUUGUUCUCUUACAUCAUGACAACUGAACAACUUUAAUUGGAAUGACUGUAUAUAGAUCAAAUAAUUAUUAAAAACCGUUUUUGUGUUUGACUAAUGACUAAUCGAAACUAAUUGUAAGACCAAGUUCAAACGCCAAGGUUAUUGUUAUCAAUACGAAUUCGUAUAUUUUCGAAACCGCAUUAUUGUUGUGUAUUGUUUAUGACGAAAAUCCCCAAAAACGAUGACCUUGUACAGAUAUUUUUGAGAAGAACCCUAUGAUCAUUCCUUUGAAAUCAAAUAAAAAUACGCGGUAAAAAAUGUGYGAAACAAUUUAAAUUGCGAAUAAUUGCGAUUGUUCAAUGCGAUUACUAAACGAAAGAUUGAACUUUAUAUACAACAGUAAAUUCGGCGUAUGAACUGGCUUUAGACUUAGCCCUCAAACAAAGUAACCGUCAUUUGGUGUUCUAAUAAAUCCCUGAACGUCGACUCCCCUCUCCAUAAAACCCGAACAACUCCCUAUAACAUUGUCGAUUCACACACAGUUCGUUUUUGAAGGAGWAUUCUGGGAAGCAUUUUGGAAUUGAUUGACGGCAUGAAAAACCUCCAAAUGGCAGUUAGGAUUCUAUUGGAAUUUACAUAUUUAUGAAAAACCCGUUAAUAAUAUAUGAUUAUUUUAGAUGGUAAUGAGCAGUAAUAAAAGUGUAAUUUUUUCUGGCGUAUGCAUGAUUCAGUUUCAGUUGUAACGAUCCUUCUAAGUGAUAAGASUUGAUAUGUAUAUAAAUAACAUCCUGGAGAACGAUAUGGUUGAUAUUGUGAAAAGAAAAUUGAGUUAAUUCAAUAAAAUAUUAAUAUUUUGGA